AGUCUGCAUGUUUUCUGUUUAUCAGUCAGUCUGUUUUUGUUUUCCACAUUGAACUGCGAAGCUCCAGCUUCGAAUCCCAAAAUUAACUAUGACUCUGACAAAGGUUUAUGAUGCAGCUACGGCCUUUAAAUAUUUAAAUGGAAUUAUUAAUGUUUUCAAACCAGCAGGAAGAAAAGCUAGCCAUGUGAGAAUAGCAAUCAUACACAAUUUAUGCAGGGACCUCAAUCAAUUGGAAGUCCGAGAACCUAGAAAAAUGGAAAUGCUUGAACCAGGAGGUGAUCAAGGACCAGUUGUACGUAAAGUAGCCGAUUUAUCAGAUCACAUUUUAUCUGUUGGUCCUCGUUAUCAAAUGCAAGAUAUCAAAUGUGCACCUGUUUCGAAAGUUGGAUUCCAUACAAGUGGUGUUUUAUUAUUUGGAAUCAACCGUGGUCUCAAACAAUCAUCCAAAAUUCACAUGAAUCGACCAGUUCGUGUGUAUCAUGUUAAAGGAUGCCUCGGUACUGCCACCGAAACACAUUUCUACGAUUCAAGAGUCACUGUCAAGUCAAAGUUUAAUCAUGUCCAUCCGGAUAGAAUGAGUGGAAUGGUUUCGUCGCUACAAGCAUCACAUCAACGAAAGAUGUACGAACUAUGUGGUGUUGAUUUACAAUCUCAAGCUGCCUACGAAAUGGCAUCGAAAGGUAUCAUUCGUCCCGCGUCGAACAGUCAACCAGUUUUGUAUGGAAUAAAGCUGAUUGAUUUCAAUCGACCUGAAUUUACAUUAGAAGUAGCAGCUAUCAAUGAAAACGAAGACUAUUUGGCAACGUUGAUACAUGAGAUUGGCAUUGAAUUGCGAACAGUUGCUCAUUGUACAGCAAUUCGAUGCAUAAGACAUGGACAUUUUGGUAUUGAAGACUCACUGCUGCGUAAUAGCUGGGAUUUGGCAUCGAUAUUUGAAAAUAUGCGAAAAACAAGGAAAAUACUUGAAGAUCAUCCGCAAAUGUUAAAUCAACCAAAUGUAGAACUUAGAGUAGAUAGUUGAAUUCAAUAUAAGCUAAGGUAAGAAAUUUAAGUAGUUACAAGCAAAUUAGUCCAAAAAAAAUUAUUAAAUAAAAUUUGUUUUCUAUGGAAUUACAAAACAAA